AUGGACGCCGCUGAAAAGAGAAGAUUGCUUAGGGAGAAACGUGCUGCUAAGAUGGCCAAAAAUGGGGACCGUCUGAAUAAAAUCCUAGGCCAUGAAGUACAUGGGAAUUCCCCACCACCAACAACCUCAGCAGCAGCAUCAACAUCGGCAUCGGCAUCAGGAUCCACAACGAGGACACUAGCAGGCGAAGAAAACGUUUUUGAUGAUCCACCUGUCUCCAACUUGGAUGAAUUUGAGCAUUUCAAGGACGAUGAUGCGUUGCAUGAGAUUCCUGACGUGGGCCGGUUUCCACCAUACAUGGAUGAAAUGUUCAAGAAGAUGCUCAAUUCAAGUCAAGGAGCGUUUGAUGCUACUUCACCCCCCUCUGGAGUAGCACCAACUCCUGUGGGGAGGUUUCAAAUGGAAGAGACAAAGAUGUUUAUGUCGUUCUACUCGAUUGUACGUGUGAUUUUCACAUUUGUGCUUGUGACGGGAGACAUAGCCAACUCUUCAAGGUUUAUAAAUGGACUUUUCCCUUGGAACAUGAGGUUAGUUGAAAAGUUCCUCGUGCUAGAAUUCAUCUUUACUCUAAUCCAAUUAGUAUUACAUCAGACUGGUGCAUUCAAAAACACCGUGUUCAAUUUCGAUGUUACAGGUGUCCCCUACGCAAACACAUUUUUAACAUUAUACGCUGUUGCUAGUAGUUUUUUUACUGAUUUCAGUGGCCUCCUUGUGGCAGCUGCUUUAAAUGCGUGGCACGAGAGUCUGCAUUUUAGUAGUAUCAAAUCAUUAAUUGUAUAG